AUGCCUCCAGCUAUACGGAAACAGCCUUCGCGUAACUCCCUACCUCAACCUUCCUCCAGUUCCAUCUCGACACAUCUCAACCCUUCUUCAUCCAGUCGACGAGAAGAUGCCCUGAAUGAUUUUCAGAGUAGACGAUUAGCUAGGAAACUGGAUGAUCUCGAGCGAACCAAUCCUACUGAUAUACCAGCUACCUCUUUCAUUCCCCCCUCCGAUACCCGAACAAACACCAACACCACCUCUCAGAUAAAUAAGAAGAAACAGUCCUCAAACGUCAGGAAAGUAUUGUAUGGGAAGAAAAGUUUGAAAGAUUGGCUAGAUGAGUUGCCAUCCGAUCCACCCAAUCCAUACUUAACUUCCACAUCUCCCAUGCCCCUCACUCCACCCAGGAAAAUCUGUUCGUCCUGUGGAUAUACCGGGGCAUACAAAUGUCCUCGAUGUGCUGAGUGGAGUUGCGAUAGGGUUUGUAUGGAGGUGCAUGAGAGGGAUGGUGGAUGUGGGAUAGGAGGGUAG